AAGCUGUCGAAACUGCAUGUGUGCAGGAGCUCUUGGAGUACGUGCAGAGGAAGGACAGCGGAACCGCAGGAUCGCUCCCGCGAAUGCUUCUGAACACCAGAGGCCCGAAGCAUGCAACGCGGGCGCUCCUGACGAGUGUAGUGACGUCGCAGAUCCUGUAUGCGUUGUCGAAAUCCGCUCAGGUGAACCCCUACAUGCGAGGCGUAGAGGCGACAUACAGGCUGUGUGCUCUAAGGAUCGCGUCCUCGUUCCGGACUGUGUCAUCGGAGGGCAAGUCCCACUCAGGGAGCUGGUAACGGAGAGACAAGAGAUCCAUACAGCCGCGCAGGGCGGAGGCAAGGCGACAAGAGCCAAGCUGAAGGCUACCGCAAGGAGGUCUGCCAUCAGUAGAUGGCAGACCCAGUGGGUCGGUUUACAAACUACAAACUUUCUGCUCAGCUCCUAGCACCGAAAUCGAAUUCGAAAUUCUUAUACAAUUUACCCUUCAACCCUUCCAGCUAUGUAUAUCUACGAGUAUUACUUCAUAUGAUUUUGAAUGACUGUAAGUACGAUUUAAGCGCACUUUCCGCUGAGCUAUCGAUGGUGAGGGUAAAAGAGAGGAUGAAACAAAUUAUAUUUCAAAAUAUUUACCCUGCACACUCAAUGCUCAACGACGCUCCGUUCUCUUAGCAACCACUUUGAAAUAUUGUUCUUGAGUGAGAGCUAUUACAAUCGCCCCACAUUGAAAAUACAGUCCUUCGCUACACAGUUGACGGAUAAGAACUUCAUUAAAAUGUUUGCCAAACUUGACUUAAACAAGGGUUCUUAUACUAAACAAAUAAAAUUAGAUUGGACACAGUAAUUGCGCUAUUGAAAAGUCAAUAUUCGUACAAAGGGCAAAUUAUAAUGAAUGUUUGGAAAUCAUUUAUUAAUCUUACAAUGUAAUAACUAAUAAAAACGAGUAGGAACGAUUGUAAGACGCUUCGUACGCGUCACAACUUUUAUACCAGGUACUCAGUCAGUAUAUCUGUACCUCUUUACAGUGGUUUAGUGUUUAGACGGGGUGGGGGUAGAAACUGCGAAUGAAUUUCUUCAUUCUGGCCAUAAUAUAGGCACAUUCUAAUCCCUAUU